AUGACUCACCAGGAAGCACCAUGGCAUUUAAGUACCAUGGCAUCAAUUUUGCGCGGUACAGAUAGUGGAGCUGUAUAUACUUUUGGAAAAACGCGUUUUGCUGAUAACAAACCUAGUCAAUUUUUUAUAAAAAAUGAUCCAAUAAUUGAUAUUGCUUGUGGUGACGAAUUUACGAUAGUCUUAUGCCAAAAUGGCCGAUUAUUUUCAUUCGGAAGUAAUGAAUAUGGUCAACUGGGACUUGGUCACAAAAAAACAGUAAAUAGGCCAAGCUGUAUAAAGACACUAAAACCAUUUAAGGUGAAGCUAAUCGCUUGUGGUAGAUCACAUUCAAUUGCCGUAAAUGAAUACAAUCACAUUUAUACAUUUGGAAAUAAUUCUGAUGGACAAUUAGGUCAGAGUAAUACAAUUGAUAAAGAUAUUCCAACAAAAAUUGAAGAUUCACCAACCAAGUCAAACGGCAAAAUUAUACAGGUAUCAGCCGGAUCUAAUCACAGUGCUGUUUUAACAGAAAAGGGGCGGCUCUAUAUUUGGGGCUCAAAUACAGAAGGUCAAUUAGGUUUAAGCAUAGAUACAAAAGUGGAAAAAAUAACAGCACCAACAAUGGUAGCAGUUCCUGAAAAAAUAAUUCAUAUUUCCUGUGGAUAUUACCAUAGCGGUUUUGUUACAGAAAAUGGAAAUGCAUAUACUUUUGGAGAAAAUGAAAAUGGAAAAUUGGCUUGUGGAUUAAAUGAAAAUGGUCAGUUAGGCAUUGGUGAUGAAAAUAUAAAAGUUGUGUCAGAACCAGUUAUAAUAAACAAAAAUAUUUUUGAAAAUUCGGAUAUAAUGAAUGUUUCUUGUGGAGAACGACACACUGCUUUUGUUACAAAAACUGGAAAAUUAUUUACGUGCGGUGAUUCUAAAUAUGGAAAAUUGUGUAAUCUAAGUGAAACAAAUGAUUCUGAAUUUUCACCUAAAUUAGUAUCCCAAUUCGAAAAUGUGAAAGUUUGUGGUGUUUCUUGUGGAGGAUGCCAUACAAUAGUUUCAAUUCAAAAAAAUAAUUUUCAACUAAAACUUGACAACAUUCCAUCUAAGUUACCAGCAUUGCCUCCAAUGUCAAAAAAGAUUGAAAUACCAAAUAUUGAAGACAAUUUUACCAAUGGAGGUGAAGAAUGGUUUAUUGAAAGAUAA